GGGCGGGGCGGGGCGGCUGUGGCGCGGGGGCAAGCGCAUGGCGGCGGUACGGGGCUCCCGCCGCUUCCUCCGCGGGCUGGUGUGCGGGACCGUGCUGGGCGCCGCCGCCACCGCCUCAGGCCUGGCCGCGCUGCAGCUCCGACACCGCCACGAGCCGGAGCCGGAGCCGGAGCCGGGGCGGGCGGCGCCGCCGGUGCUGGAGGAGUUCGGGCUGCCGGACGCCGGAGCCGAGAGCCGGACGUACCUGAACCACGCGCUGUCUUACGACCAGGCCAAGCGGAUCCCCAGAUGGGUGGUGGAGCACGUGUCCCAGCAGAAAACCCUAGGUUCUGCAGACCGACAGCACUGUAAAUUCAAACCAGAUCCUAAUAUCCCUCUAAUGUUUAGUGCUGUCAAUGAAGACUACUUAGGGAGUGGAUGGUCACGAGGACAUAUGGCACCAGCAGGAGAUAACAAAUUUUCAACGCAAGCUAUGGCUGAAACAUUUUAUCUCUCCAACAUUGUGCCUCAGAAUUACGAGAAUAAUGCUGGAUUUUGGAACAGAAUGGAAAUGUAUUGUCGGGAAUUGACAAAGAGAUUUGAGGAUGUUUGGAUAGUUUCAGGACCUUUGACCUUGCCUCAAACAGAUGAUGAUGGAAAGAAGAGAGUUACCUAUCAGGUAAUUGGAAAAGAUGACGUGGCCGUGCCAUCACACCUCUACAAGGUGAUCCUUGCCCGACGAAGCAAAACGUCAGCGGAGCCCCUUGUGCUGGGAGCCUUUGUGGUGCCCAACAACCCCAUAAGCUUCAGUCACCAGCUGCCUGAAUACCAAGUUAACAUCGAAGACCUGGAGAAAAUGUCAGGACUGGUUUUCUUUCCACAGGUAGACAAAACUAAGGAUGUUAAAAAUCUCUGUGAUGUGGACACCUGUAAGCUAAUAGGGUUUAAGGAGUUCACAUUGUACCUUACUGGCCGAAAAGUGCAGAGUGCCAGAACGCUGCACAGGCUGGAAAAGGCCAUGUCAGAGUUAAGGGAAUCGGGAGUUGAGCCUGACGAAUAUCUAAUGAGGGUCUACAAGAAGAAGGAAGAGGAACUCGCUCAGCAAGAGCCGCGGGAAGCUAGAGAAAGGAAGACUGGCUGAAUGUUUGUCUCAGAAAACCGUUUGAGAAUAUGUUCUCCCCGAGCUGUACAUCUGUGCGUGCACACUCCUUUUGCAUUUUGGGCCUUGGCUGUUCAAAGAAAUUGUCAAAACAAUUGCGAGAGAAUGAAAAUUGAUGGAUUUUGGGGGAUAAUGUUCAUUCAUUCUCCUGUAAUAUGAUGCAGGUAUGACUUGCUAAAGUACUUUUGCUAUGAGAAGUGAAAAUGACCCUUUCGCAGCAUGCUAAGAGACCUCUAGAAAAGGCGGUGUUGUACUAUUUUCUAAAGCCGACGUCAGACUUGGGUUUUGAACGGAAUCUCUUCUAGGAACGUUAUAAAAAUAGACAAUGGACACCUUGGGAGUAUAACUGGAACAUGUCUAAAUGUAACUCACCCUGUAGAUGUCUUUGAAAAUGAUGCGGUGGAAGCAAUGGUAUUAUUAUGGGGGCUGGUUGAUGAAAGAAAUACAGAACGGUGUGGGAUUUUAUUGGCAUGUUUUCUUUUGUUUUUUUUAAGUGUCCAGUAACCGAUACCUAACCUAACCUCUGUUCAUUUGUUUUCCUCCUGCAGUUGUAUUUGGGAUUUUAAAAUCGCUCUCUUCUCCACAUGCUCGUAUACUUUUAAAUGAGUUUCACUGAAUUACGCAUUCCUGACAAAGAACAAUAGUUCCGUUUCCUUUUGGAAAGGGCUUUUUCUUGCAACACAAUGGUUUUAGGGAAUCCUAACAUCCUAGCUAUCCAGUGGUAUUGGUAUUACAGUUGUGCUCUUCUCACGCAUUGUGAGAUGAUUAAAAAAAAGUCAGAGGCAGUAAAUUGUGGCAGUGAUGUUAGCAACACGAGUUAACAAAAAAUGAAAAAAUUUAAGAAAAUAUGAUUGCGGUGCUAUCAUUAUGUUUGGGUUUUGCUGUAUUUCAUUCAGCUUGGGCCAUGAAUGAUGCAUUUUGAUUGAGUUUGUAGUCACUUAGUGACUGUAACACACUUGUUCAGUACUGCAACAUCUGAUUCAUAGAUUCAUAGAUGCUAGGGUUGGAAGGGACCUCAAUAGAUCAUCGAGUCCGACCCCCUGCAUAGGCAGGAAAGAGUGCUGGGUCUAGAUGACCCCAGCUAGAUGGUUAUCUAACCUCCUCUUGAAGACCCCCAGGGUAGGGGAGAGCACCACCUCCCUUGGGAGCCCGUUCCAGACCUUGGCCACUCGAACUGUGAAGAAGUUCUUCCUAAUGUCCAAUCUAAAUCUGCUCUCUGCUAGCUUGUGGCCAUUGUUUCUUGUAACCCCCGGGAGCGCCUUGGUGAAUAAAACCUCACCAAUUCCCUUCUGUGCCCCUGUGAUGAACUUAUAGGCAAACUUAUAGGCAGCCACAAGGUCGCCUCUCAACCUUCUCUUGUGGAGGCUGAAAAGGUCCAGUUUCUCUAGCCUCUCCUCGUAGAGGAGCUCCUCAUGGAGGAGCAUAAUCUGAGCUGUUUAUCUACAGGGAAACUUUUAAAAUCGAAUGACUAUUUGUUGACAGUAAUUUUUAAAAAGUAAUAGAAUCUUUACUUUUUAUGUUACAGUAUUUUUAAUUCUGCAAAUUGAACUUCUUGUAUCUGGACUAAGAAGGCAAAGAAAGCAAACAGCAAAACUGACCAUGUUUUUAGAUUUGGAAUGAUACAGUCUUUGGGUUACAAAUUCCUAGCAAUACUCCCUCCAGUUUACAGAUGAGAAGACUGAGGGACUAAUCAAAGAUGGGUUUUACGCUCACGUUGGGUCAUAUUGCAUUAGGCGACUACCAAAAGCAGGGAGAAGCUGAUUCAGGAAUAUUACCCCAACCAGGCUCAGUCUUGUGCUAUAAUAACACCUGGCUUACAGUACCUUUCAUGUAGAUAGUGCAUUUUACCAGCCAGUGUCAAACUCUUCAUAAGCAGACUGCUUUAUUUAAAAGCAGUUAAGGUUGCCGUGACAACCUUAUAUUUACCUACCUACCUCAUUAUUUAUAGGAGCCAAGACUUAAAAGCAAGGAAUUAUUAGAUAGUGAGGGUCAUUGUAAACCUUACUGCCCACGUCACACAAGCAAAGGGCAAAAUCCCGAUAAAUAUGCCAGUGGAUUAGGAUGUCAUAUUUCAUCUUCUCCAGUUUGGAAAAAAAGCACAGUACGCUAGAGCACAGCAAGCCACAUCGUGCAGCUCCUGCUAACAGAGGCAGCAGAGGGGCUGGCUCCUGGGACGUGUGCUGCAAAAUGUCAUGGGCAAGGAGCUAGGACUAGAGAUGGACUCACACUAGUGUGGUGGCUUCUCAGGGCGGGACGGGUCUUGCCAUCAGCAGGUAGCCAAGGACUUCACAACUGCCCAGUGUGGAGCUGGUGGAAGCAGCUGGCUCCCCCCAUCUUGACAGAUGGUCACAAUUUGUGUUUGCCUGGUUGCAAAAGGACACACCCUGUAUAUCUAACAGGUGGUGAUCAUUGUGGUGGGAGGCAAGGCUGCUGUUUUGCUGGAUCCAGAUUCCAGUUGGUUAUUAUCCACCCCUCCCAGGCAGGUGCAUCAAGUGAUGAGAGACAGAGUAUAGUGUAACUCUUCACAAGGAGGCCGGUAAACUAACCCCCUGCUUUCCCGCUGGUCUGUUAAAACUAGAUUCUACCUCACGGGCAGGACAUUACAUAGCAGCAGGGAGUCCUUUCAUUGCCCAGGGCCUCUUUUCUGUCCUCUAAGUCAGUGGUUCUCAAUCUUUUUUCCUACCAGGACCUAUUUGCAAAGAACCAUGGUCUGUCCUGACCCACAUCCCCCUGGCUCUGCUGGUGUCCCUCACUCCUGACCUGCAGCCCCUCCGUCCCCCCAGCUACCCCCAUUCUGCUUGGGCCAGAGCGCGAGCAGCGAGUACUACCCCUGUCGCAACUGCCAAGCAGCGAGUAUGAGCACUGGCCCUGUACUAUGGGUCCAGGCACACAACUCCCAGCUGCAAAGGACCACCCCUGCCCCCUUUUCCUGAUGAAGAGCCAGGUGCCUUCUCCCCCUGCCCUGCCACAGCCCUGUUCCUGGCCACUUCCCAGCACCGGCAUGCACGCACAGCACCUCCCACCCCCCAAGACAGUUCCCCUGGACCUCCGGCCUCCGCUCCUCAUACACUUACCUGCAUCCCGUGGUGGGACCUGCUCCAAUGACCUAACCUCACUGUAUGCUGUCCACGUGGGGCUGCAUGCACAGACACACGUGCCCAUUGUCUCCAAUCAUGCCAAGCAGCCCCUUGCAGGCUGGAACACUGCCAGCUUGGAAGGGGAAACCUAUGCUUUUGCAUGGUUUUCUGGGACUUGCUCGUGACCCUUUCAAAUAUUGCAACCCGCAUUUGGGGCGCGACCCACCGGUUGAGAAACUCUGCUCUAUGUUAAAACUCUUGCUAGUGUAACAUUUUAGCAGCAAGCAAUAGCAUAAAGCCAUGACCCUUUCCUUUGGAGGCAGGCAUCUUUGAGCAGAUGCUCCUUAGUUCAGCAUCUAUUCUAGGCUGAUAUGCACUCCUGAAUUCCUAUAGGGCCUGAUUAGCAUUAUUUUUCACCCCAACUGCCUUGCCAUGUGGUGUAUAUGCCUGUGUUUUUUUUCCAGCUCCAUUUAAGUGUGGUCAUUCUGCUUUGUCUCCCCUUACAAGACUGUAGCAGGUGCAACCAUCAAGCCCUUGGCAAAUGGUUAAAAAAAAAUCAUUGUUUGUCCCAGGAAAAACACAUCCAGGUACAAUUAUAAUCAGAUGCACUUACUGUGCUGAUUUCACAGUUUGAGGUAAUAAUUUUGGAGACUGUUUUAUAACAAAACUAAUUUAUCCUCUCUUGCUGUAAUGAGGCUUUCUAAGAGAAACAGAAAAAUACAGCACUAAAAAAUGGUAUCUAUUCCCCCCCCCCCAAACAAAUUACUUCUGGAUAUUCUCUGAGCUACCUACAUGUUGCUUCAACAUGCCAUACAUUAAGCACUAGUGCCUCAGCUGUAUUAUUUUCUGUAUAGUUUUCAUCCCUCAUCUGUCCUUUUGUUUUGCAGACGUGACCAUAUGACACAUGGAUGUAUGCUUGUUAUUUCUUUGGGUAAAUUUACACCAUAUUUAUAGCAGUGGGGAGUUGUACGGUGUGUAUCUGCUCCUUGCUUAUUCCAGGAACGUAGACAAGCCCUAAGUGUGGUAAGAGCCACUGCUGGCAAAUGCUAGGACCUGCGUGCUGUGCGUGUCGGCAUAUGUUGAGCUCUAAAGCUGUGUAAAAGAAUUGUGACAUCAUGACAUCUCUACCCCUCUCUUUUUCUGCUGUUCUCCAGCAUUCGUACGAGAUUUGAUUCAGAACAUAGGAGUUGGUAAGCAAUGGCUCAAAUACUGAGGACUACAUGCUAUUCUCUACUGGUUUAAGCAGUGCACUUUCUAAUAAUAACUGACGUGAAUCUGGAUCCAGCAAUACAGCAGCCUUGCCUCCCACCACUAUGAUCCCACCUGUUAAAUAUACAGGGUUUGUGUCCUUUUAAGUAGAUGCAUUUCUACUUAGUUGGGGAGGGGGGGGGGGGGGGGGUCUGUGUGUGUGUGUUUGCACGCUGCAACUCACCAUCUUCUGUGUAUAAUGUAAAUGCAGGUCUGGUGUUUGGCCAUUUGGGGGCAGUCAAAACCUACAACAUUCUCGGCUGCUGUGUAGCCAGGACCACAUGAACUUCAGGAGCCUGAAUGUUUGGGGCUACAAGCGGCAUAGUCCUAAAACUGCCUUUCCUGCUUAUAAUGUUGCUAUACGUGUUUUUAUGAAUUAGUGUUACAUUUACUGUAUUAGACAGUAGUGCAAAAUGCAAGCCAGUGACUUUCCUAACUUUUUUUUGUGGAUGGGGCAUUGAGAUGGCAGGGAUGAAGCAACAUACCUGCAUUAGAUUUACCAGCAAGGUUGGUUCUUCAUUUUUUAGAUCUUGUGCUAAGCCGACUUCAAGUCCAGCUUCUUUACGGGUGUAAUUCCAGCUGAGUAUGUAACACACUAUAAAUGAUGCAGAUAUUUUAUAAUACCAUUAAAUUGUACUUAUGAAUACUGUA